UAUUUUCCUUUACGUGCAGGUAAGCCGUCAUGCUUUUGCAUAAAGUGAAAGUCAUGGAGAUUGCAUUGGGAUUAAAGUUCUGCUGCGAUUAGAAUUUUGCAUAUAGAGGCACGCCGUCUGAUCGACCCACUGAAUCGUUCGAAAAUUCGUCUUCAUGGUUCUAUUUUCCUCAAGAGAAUAGUAGCAAGGCAGAAUGUGUGGACGAUUAUAUGGACAACAGGGCUUAGGAAUAGAGGUUUUUUUUCUCGGUCAAACCGAUUGUCGUGAUUGACGUGUUUGCGAUGUGAUCCAUCAAUCAUGUUCGGUCAAGAAACUUUUCUUCAUGGUCGAGCUGUUCUUUUCAAAAACUAAGUUCAUGUUUAAUGAACGCUCUUCAAGCUGCGCUGCACGCUGAUUUCUCUCUUUGUGGAGGCAAUAAGUAAAAUGGUCACUCCAAACCUGAUCUUAUCGAUUACUUGUGCAGUUUCCAUGGGAAUGUAGUACUGAAUGAUUUUGGUGCUUAUCUCGGGAUUUUAUACCAAACUUCAAGGCACCUAACGUCCUAAGGAACGAUUUUUGCGUGGAUCAUGAACUACAGUGCCGACGAAAUCCUUCUUCAAGAGGAGGAUGSUACAUUUUUACCUUCCCCUCAAGAACGGGACGUGGGAACAGAUGCUGAUAUUAUAUUUCUCGAAUCAAUUAAAAAGAAGAACGAAGAGAGAAAGAAAGCUCUCACAACCAUCUCCAUGUCCUAUGACAAACUCGGUUGUGACGGGAACCUUAUACAAAAUGGCCAUGCCCAAAGUGAAAACAGAACAGAGGACAUUCUCGCCUCCAAAGGUUCUAAAGCUCAAAGACUAAACGAAGCCAUCAUGUCGCUAGAUUACGCCGCAGUCUCAAAACUACUGGAACAGGGAGCAGGAGUCAAUAUUCCUAGUAGAUUUGGCCGAUUUCCACUACAUAAUGCAAUACUAAAAGGAGAUCAUAGGAUGGUAAAAAUGAUCCUCGAAGCAGGUGCACAUGUUACUCAGAAAGACGACCGGGGUGAUACUCCCCUUCAUUAUGCAAUCAGGACUGGUAACGAGGACAUAAUAAAGGAUCUGCUCGAGUAUUCCGAGUGUGACGUAAAUGCGGAGGGUAUUAAUGNGUAG